CUCAAGCACUGGUAGCAGCAGCUUUCUUUUGCUUCACUGUAUGAGAGAAUCUCCACCUAACUUUGGGAUUCGAGAAGCAGUCCUCAACCGUAUCCAUUUAAAUCUUAAGCGUGUUGGUUUUUUCACCAGCAUUUUUACAUGUCGUACGGCUUCAGUGUCUCUGAUCCUCUUUACCAGUCCACUACAAACACAGAGGUGCCUUGAAGAGGAAAAGGGGCUUCAUUCUCUGGAUAAGAAAUGGAUGUGGAACCCGGAUUCUAUCGGCAGGUGGAUGUCCAGGACCACGCUCACUACAUCGUUGCCUUCUUUGUCUUGGUGAUUGGAACAGUGGGUGUUACUGGGAAUGCCUUGGUCAUGUACGCCUUUUUGUGUAACAAGCAGCUACGGACUCGCCCCAACAUUUUCAUCAUGAACCUGGCAGUCAGUGACUUCCUCAUGGCAAUUACACAGUCACCCAUCUUCUUUGUUAACUCUCUUUACAAGGGGUGGAUUUUUGGAGAAACAGGCUGUAAAAUGUAUGCCUUCUGUGGAGCUUUAUUUGGAAUCACUUCCAUGAUAAACCUUCUGGCCAUCUCUGUAGACCGCUACAUUGUCAUCACCAAGCCUCUGCAGGCCAUACAGUGGACCUCCAAGAGACGCACUUGCCUCAUUAUUGCCCUGGUCUGGUUGUACUCACUAGCUUGGAGCCUUGCACCACUUUUGGGGUGGAGUUCCUACAUACCAGAGGGCCUGAUGACCUCAUGCACAUGGGACUACGUGACAUCUACUCCUGCCAAUAAAAGUUAUACUUUGAUGUUAUGCUGCUUCGUAUUCUUCAUCCCUCUGGGCAUUAUAUCCUACUGUUAUCUGUGCAUGUUCCUGGCAAUCCGCCAGGCAAGCAGAGAUGUAGAGAAGUUGGGGUCUCAGGUGAGGAAGUCAACCCUGAUCCAACAGCAGUCCAUCAAGACUGAAUGGAAGCUGGCCAAGAUUGCCUUUGUAGUCAUCAUAGUGUUUGUGCUUUCCUGGUCGCCCUAUGCAUGCGUCACACUCAUCGCCUGGGCUGGAUAUGGUAGCAUCCUCAAUCCCUAUUCCAAAGCUGUUCCUGCUGUUAUAGCCAAGGCAUCAGCCAUCUACAACCCUUUUAUCUACGCCAUCAUUCACUCAAAAUACAGGUGA